AUGGAUAUCAGGGAGGAAAAGAGUCUGGAUGCUGUGAUUCAGACGAAAAAUUUCAAGAUAUCCCUAUAUGAGUUUGAAAAACUGGUUGAACAUGUAGCAGCCCAGAAAAGAGAUGAAAGAGCAGGCUUGUUUGUCCCAAAGGAAGAUAUGAUUGAUUAUGAGAAGUUCUAUGGAGCCGUGCAAGAUCUCUUUGGUUCAGAAGUGAAGAAUCAGGAUGUGAAAUACUUUUACAGGAAACUUUGCCACAACCCUGAUGCACCUACCGACUGGUGUGAGAUCUUUGGAUAUUUCUCCUCUGAAGAUUCUCUCACUUCCCAGAUGAACGAAGAAAAUCUGGUUUUCCUUGUUUCUAGAAAACAGCGAGUUGUCAUUUCAGGUAGUAGGAGACGGGAUGUGAUUAAGUGCAUUGUCAAGAUCCCCCAGUUGGAUUUACUGAUAGCAGCUUCUCAGAGAGGAUUGAUAACCGUCUUCAACAACCAGAUGAGGGUGCAGACCAGCACCAAUGUCACGGAUACCUCCUGGAUUACAGGGUGCGAUUACCUGCCACAGCUGAAACGGAUUGUUGCCACUACGGAAAGAACCAUUAUCGUCUGGGAUUAUAAAGCUCAAGGGUCCAGCCAGGAAAACUACUUCGUCAUAAAGCCCAUGGACCACUGCCUCCUCUGCGUGUGUGUCGUGUCCCUGACUGACCAGCUCUGCCGAGACGACAUCCUCUUGGGGGACGAUGGCGGCUUUGUGAGCAAAUUCACAGUCCAAAGUGAUGACUUCGGACUGAAGCAGGCAAAAUCCAAAAAGAAAUUGCAAAGUCAGGUCAUAGACUCAAAGAACUUUAAAAGUGUUAAAAGGAAGCUGCAUAAUGACUGGGUUAUGAAAAUUAGAUAUAUUCCAACCCUAAACUGCUUCGGAUCCUGCUCCUUAGAUAGCGUUCACUCGCUAGUCUUGGAAUCUUUGAAGAAACUUGAGGAUAAUUCGCCUGUCAGAGAGUUUUCCAUGCCAAGAGGAGCAAACAGCUUUUGUUACUGUGUGAAAGCAAAUGUCAUUGUCACCGGAGGAGAUGACAAAGUGCUCCGGUUGUGGCACCCCAAUAUCAGCACCAAGCCAGUGGGAAAGCUCGUGGGGCACAUGUUCAGCAUCACUGAGAUCGUAACCAAUGAGAAAGAUCAACUGGUCAUCAGCCUUUCCUCUGCCAAGGUGUUCAGGGUGUGGGACAUCCAGACUCUAUCGCUCCUGCAAGUCUUCCAUGACACCCAGGGAGGACCCGGAGACAUGCAGAUUUAUUCCAUGAUCUAUGACUCCAAUCACGGCAUGCUUAUUGCAGGAUCCAGUGUUAUCGACAUGUACCCUUUGACUAGGAUGAUUCAGGAUACAAAACAGGUCCCCCACACUCACGAACGGGAAAUCAAUGUCAUGCUUUACAACAAAUGUUUGCACCAAGUACUUACCAUCUGCUCCGAAUCCAUAAUUAAGGUAUGGGAACUUGAGACUGGCCUCCAAAUCUACCAGAUUUUAGACCCUCAUGGCUUCAAUGUUGAACUGACUUCUGCAUCUAUCAAUGAAAGUGGAUUUCUCUUUGCUACAGGAGCGUAUAACGGAACAGUUAAAAUCUGGGACUUCGACAGCGGGCAAGAGGUGAAAGCGCUGCCCAAAGGGAAGGACUGGGUGGAGGAAGAGCACGGCAUGAAACGCCUGAUUUUUCUGAAAGCGCCAGAAAAACACCAGUCCCUUCUCCUCGCCUUGGAGAGAAGUGGGAAGAUCAAAAUGAUCCAGGGCAAAGAAAGUGAUAUUUGUCUCACGGUGGUAUGGGAGCUGCCUGACGCCACACCUAUCCUACAAGGUGUAAAUCGCAUUGUGCAUCUGAAGUCAUCUGCUAAAGAGAGGAGCAUGGCCAUUCCUUUCCCAGAUGUGACAUUGAUAGCUGAGGAAACCUCUUCUCCACAUGCUAGUAAGGCUGUGGCUUGUACCCAAGUGAACUGCAUUGAUUUAUUGCAAGUAGAAGGAUAUAACUUGAUAGCUGCUGGAACCUUAAAUGGUGUGAUCAUCUUAUGGAAUUUCGUAACAUCCACUGUCAAAGAACUAUACAGACCUGAAGAGUGCCUCACAGAAAAUCCUGACUUGGAUCCCAAAAGCCUUCGAAUUAAUGACAUACUGUUCCUUUUCCGGACCCCUGAAUGUGCAAGGCGACUGAGUCAGGAUUCCCUGUGCUCUUCGUCCCAGCGUGGUUCCAGUAAGGGGCAGAGCAGCAAGGGGAGCAAGCAGAGCAUACAUGACAGUGAGUCUAAAGGUGAGCAAACAGAUGUCACUGUGGGAGAGCAAAAGCCAGGGGACAAAAGACAUCCUGGGGGCGCCUGUGUCACUGAGUCUAAGCCGCCACUUCUGGUCACCGCUCACCAGGAUGGGAACCUGCGCUUGUGGACUAUGGAGGGAAGACUGCUGAAAGACGUGCUACCUCUGACCAGACACACUGCCAUUUCUCUGACAUCACUGUGCACCGAUUCCUGCACCAGGGUUCUACUGACUAGCAACGUUGAAGGACACGUUAUCCUUUGCAGUAUUGGUUCCUUCCUGGAUCCACCUCAUGAUGAAAAGAAAUUCAAGCAGCUGCUUACCUGGCGUGCUCACUCUUUAGAAAUUAUUCAGGUAAUCUACGUAGAAGACAGACAAGUGGUGCUCACUGCCUCCAUCGAUGGCUCCGUAAGGCUCUGGCAUGCCCUCAGUGGUCAUUACUGUGGGUAUUUUGGACAACGAAGGUCCUUUGAUCUGUCACAGACCAGCGACUUCAUUUUGCCUUGUGAUGUUAAUGAGUAUCCCAUAGAAAUAAAAGAAGAAAGCAAGUUAACAGACAAUAAACAAAAAUAUAUAUAUCCUCUGGUAUUUGACCAGCAAAGAUGGCAGAAGAUGAGCUCGAUGUCUUUGCUCUUCAAACGGACACCUCCCAAGGCCUUUGAAGUGGAAAGUGAUUUUAAGUUUUUCAAGUCUCUUUCUUCCUCCAAGAAUCGAAAACAUACCUUGGAAGAUUUCAUGACUGAAAACAAAGAGGCCGGGAUUGUUUUUGGUUCUCUGCCUAUAUACAGGGUGCAAAGCCCCACUAGUCUGAGAUUCCUUCCACUCAUUGGUUCAGAGGCAUUAAAGGAGGCUCCAGAUGGAGUUCCAGGCAAGAAAAAGGGAGGUCAUGUUCAACAUGAAAGAACACAACGGAGGAAAAGUCUGAAAAGAAAUCUCGUCCCACAAAUAAAUCUGGCUUCCGCCUUCUUCCCAGGCAUCCCCAAAUAA